GAAGAAAGUGUUCUCUUGCUUGAUCCGCCAUUCAGAAGCCGGCCACUAAUCCGAGCUAGGCACGCUCCCAUCCGACGUCGUCCCAGCUAGCACAGCCAUUUCUGUUUCGUUUCUUCCACUGCAGUCAGAACCCAGAAGCAGAGGCCGCCGUUGCAAGCAUGCCGCCGAUGGAGGCCGCCGAGGACGUCGUCAUCGUCGGCGCCGGACUUGCCGGACUCGCGGUGGCUCUCGGACUGCACAGGAAAGGGGUGAGGAGCCUGGUGCUGGAGUCGUCGCCGUCGCUGCGCGCGUCGGGGUUCGCCUUCACCACGUGGACGAACGCCUUCCGGGCGCUGGACGCCCUCGGGGUGGGCGACAAGAUCAGGAGGCAGCACCAGCAGGCGCAGGCGCUACGCGUCAUGGCUUCUUCCACCGGAGAAAUCGUACAGGAAGUGGACCUCACGCAGCAGGGGAAACGAGGGCCCAACGAGAUCCGUUGCGUUCGGCGGGACCUGCUGCUGCAGGCCUUGGAGGAGGAGCUACCGAGAGGCGCCAUCCGCUACUCGUCCAGGAUCGUGUCCAUCGAGGAGGAGGACGGCAACGGCGACAAGGUCCUGCAACUAACCGAUGGUUCAGUCAUCAGAGCAAAGGUGCUCGUCGGGUGCGACGGGGUCAACUCCGUGGUGGCCAAAUGGCUCGGCCUCGCCACGCCGUCCUACUCGGGGCGCUCGGCGGCGAGAGGCUUCGCGCGUUACCCGGACGGCCACGGCUUCGAGCCCAAGUUCCUGCAGUUCGUCGGCCACGGCUUCCGCUCCGGCAUGCUGCCGUGCAACGACACCGACAUCUACUGGUUCUUCACCUGGACUCCUUCCGAGAACGACAAGGGCGUCGACGAGAGCGCGGCCAAGAUGAAGCAGUUCGUGCUGGCCAAGCUCCGGGGCUCCAAUAAGGUGCCCGCGGAGGCGCUGGCGGCGAUCGACAGGAGCGAGAUGAGCGACGUGCUCGCCGCGCCGCUGCGGUUCCGGUCGCCGCUGUCGCUGGCCACCGCGAGCAUCGCCAGGGGCAGCGCGUGCGUGGCCGGCGACGCGCUGCACCCGAUGACGCCGGACCUCGGCCAGGGCGGCUGCUCGGCGCUGGAGGACGGCGUCGUCCUGGCCCGCUGCCUCGGCGACGCCCUGCUGCCGCCGCCUGGCAGUGGCAGUGGCAGUGGCAGGGGCAAGGAGGACCGGGUCCAGGCGGCCUUGCGCGAGUACGCCUGGAUCAGGCGGUGGAGGAGCGUCGAGCUCGUCGCCACCUCCUACACCGUUGGCUUCGUCCAGCAGAGUGACAGCGCGGUCGUCAGCUUCCUGCGGGACAGGCUCCUGUCGGGAGUGCUCGCUCGAAGGCUUCUGAAAAUGGCGGACUACGACUGCGGCACGCUCGAAAGCUACUAGCCCCCUUGUACUGUUUCCUGUGUGUACAUCAGUACACUACACGUGUUGUGUUGUGCCUGCUGCUGGAAUAAUAUGCCUACUGUUAUGUGUUAUUAGUAGAAAAUUGUACUGC